GAUAAUGUCGAGUGUGGUACGUUUUUCCAGUUCGAUGGCAGCAAGAGAACGAGAGGUAAUCGACUCAAGUUGCGCAAACCGCAGGUGCAGCUCAGGUCGAGACAGGAAUUCUUUACUUGCAAUGUAGUGAACGCGUGGAAUGCGUUAGAUGACGAAGGCACAGUUUGAGAAGUGGGUUGAGAAGUGGGCAAGCAGGAUCUCAAAGCUCACCAAAACCCCUCGAUCUACUAUCUACAGCAUUAUUCGGCGAAACAAUGAGCUUGGAUCAGCUGCAGAUUGCCAAAUAAGUGGACGUCCUUCUGUGUUCCAGGAUGAGAAGCUCCAGAAACGAGUCAGGCAAAUGCUAUAA